AUGGCCACUCCUCGCAGCGCCAAGAAGGCCUCCCGCAAGAGCGGCUCCAGGUCCGCGAAGGCUGGUUUGAUCUUUCCGGUGGGCCGCAUCGGGCAGAUCCUGCGCCGCGGCCAGUACGCUCGCCGCAUCGGUGCCGCUGGCGCCGUGUACAUGGCCGCUGUGGUGGAGUACCUGACGGCGGAGCUGCUGGAGCUGUCCGUGAAGGCUGCCACGCAGAGCUCGAAGAAGCCACACCGCCUGAACCCGCGCACCUUGAUGAUGGCUGUGCGUCACGACGACGAUCUCGGUGAGCUGCUGAAGAGCGUGACCCUGGCGCACAGCGGCGUUGUGCCGAGCAUCAGCAAGGUAAUCGCGAAGAAGGGUGGCAAGAAGAGUAAGGCGACACCGAGCGCCUGA